GCCAUAUGUUGGCAAAACACUCAUACAAAUAACACUAAUUGAAUUUUCUAAAUCUUACGUUCUAAGAAAUCUGGAUUUAUAUUUUGUAAGUUUGACGUUGACUUUUAAAGGUUUGUUUGCGGAAUCAAAUGAACAGUAAACCCCCGCGUGAGCAGCACCGACACGGCGGAAAUCCGUACCGACGACCGGUAGGCGCCAUUCGCCAGGGAAACAUAUCUAAUGCAUAUGUAAAUGAGAAUUAGGAGAUUUGCGGUUCACGGGAAAAUUUCUAUUGACAAAACUAUAAAGACUUGGAAACGAAGAAUUUGGCUUAAAGAAAGUUAGCGGUAUUGGCUGAUAAUACUCGUCAUGGUGUUUUCUUCUUAGAAACUCUUCUUUAUCAGCAAUAAUUGCUUUGGUUCUUUAAUGUAUCGUUGCCUGGUAACGGGAUAAUAAAAUACAUGUUAUAUAUUAUCAUGAACCUAGUCUAAUACCACUAUCAUUAAUUUGACAGUUAAAUGUAAAUGACGAAGAUAGUUCAGUGUUCGCGAUGUAUAAACUACAUGUUGUGUGAUGAAUGAUAGCUGAACAUACACACAGUCGCGACGUGACCACAGUGAAGCACAGUAGUUGAAGCUGAACCCCGGAUGUAUCUUCUCUUCCGAGGAUUUAGUACGAUCUCUUUCUUCAGGAGGAAUAUUUGAGGCGCAAAAACACGCUGGAGAAAACAUUAACUGUCAGAGAUCAGACGGUAAUAUAUGUGUGAGACUUUGUGCUGUACAUGUUUCCUUUGGCUCCAGAAUGGGAUCUUGAAAACAUAGGUAAGUUAACUGGCAGUGAGUAAUACUCACCCAGGUUAGUUGGAGAGCAAUGCAUAGUUAUCUAAGAAUUAUACUUGCUUGUGUGUUGAAGAAAAGUGAAGUGUUCAAAAGUAUGGAUUAAUAUAAAUCGAUUGGUUUUCUCUUCGAAGACCGAUUUGAGAAUCAUCUAUGUAUUUUAGUGAGGAUUUAUUGGCCCAUCACACGAGUCUAGUGCAGCCAUUUAUAUCAUAUGAACGGGAGUGAUUGUGGUCGGAAUAUUCAGGGGGAAAUGAACGUCUAAAGAGACCUGAACGCAAUCGAAGAGAGAGAGAGAUAACGGAACUUAAAUAGCAUUAGGUUGUUGAGCCGCUUGAAAAGCUGUUGAAAAUAUCGAGUUUUCAUCGAACUGCUACUACAUUGUGGAUAUGGUUAAAAGUUAAAUGGCCUUAUUAAAUUAUGAGUAGAUUCAGUGAGCCAAAAUCACAAGAAAACCUACGACGGGUAGUGAAUGUGCCCACCUGUACUAGGGAUUAUGUGUGACGUGAUAUCGAAACAGCAUUACAAGUUUAUGGCUGAAUACGAUCAAUCCUAAUUGAUGUCAUGAGAGGUCACAUUUGGCAUAUAAAGGUGUCCUCCAGCAAUUGUUUCUGUUUCUGGAAGUGUUGUUUAAGAUGUGACACUAAAAGUGUUUAGCCAUGGAAACGACGCCGAUAUUACAGCGGCGGAUGUCGUCACGGCAGCUGAAGCGGAUGUUCACGCGGUACGAGUUCGAGAACGCGGAGUUGGAGCGGCUGUACCGCCGGUACGUGUUCAAGCUCCAACAGAAAUCGCUCGCGCACCUGCUCAGUAUCACGUGCGCGCUCUGUGCUUGCCUAGCGGCGCUCUACUUCUAUUACAUUCAAAACGUCACACUUCCGGGAAUAUACAUGUGUGUGCAAUUUUCUGUGUUCCUUUUAUUGUUCGUGCUUAUUCAUACACCAUUAGUGAAAGAAUCUCAUCAAGGCAUAUUGUGCGCUGUGAUUCUUAUAGGCCUUAUAGGAUUUGUAGUGUUUUCACUUCCGAUGGAAUUCGGUAACCAGGUCCGUAAUCACCCGGCGCCUGUCUACACGGCGGCGCACGGCGCAUGGGAAGUGACGUAUGUAGUGUUCCUCAUCUACUCCAUGAUGCCACUCCGCACGUACCUCGCCGUCAUCCUGGGAAUAGCGCUUUCGCUGACCCAUCUGGUAGUGGCGGCUCUCGUUGCAAACAGCGCUCCGGAGCUACUGUGGAGAUUGCUGCUGGCGGAUAGCGUCCUUUACCUGUGUGUGAACGUGGCUGGCUUCUUCAUACAUAACGUAACGGAACGCGCCCAGCGUAAGACGUUUAUAAAGACCCGGAACUGUAUCGCAUCCAGGCUAGACAUCGCAGACGAAAAUGAAAAACUUGAAAGCCUGCUGGUGAGCGUGUUGCCUCGACACGUUGCUAUGGAGAUGAAAGAGGACAUCACGUCCCCCCAUCAAGGACUGUUCCACAAGAUCUACAUUAAGAACUACGACCCCGUCAGCAUCCUGUUCGCGGAUAUUGUGGGUUUCACAAACCUGUCGUCCCACUGCUCGGCCGGUCAUCUCGUGCAGAUACUCAAUCAGCUCUUCUACGAGUUUGACGUCCUGGCCGAGAAGAACCACUGUACGCGAAUCAAGAUCCUAGGGGACUGCUACUAUUGUGUGAGCGGGCUGCCGGAGGCCCAGGAGCACCACGCCCGAUGCUGUGUGGAGAUGGGCAUGGACAUGAUCGACCAUAUAAACGACGUGUGCGCCUCAACGGGAGUGAACUUGAACAUGCGGGUGGGCAUCCACACUGGGCGCGUGCUCUGUGGAGUGCUAGGUCUCAAGAAGUGGCAAUAUGACGUCUGGAGUAAUGACGUCACACUAGCCAACACCAUGGAAUCAGGAGGCCUUCCAGGGCGCGUGCACAUCACGGAGCGGACGCUGGAGUUCCUGCAGGGAGAGUAUAAGGUGGAGGAUGGAGGAGGCGGCACCCGGAACGCCUACCUCGCCGAGCAUAACAUACAAACAUACUUCGUCAAGUCCCGCCACCCGCCACCACAAAAGGAGACGACAUUGUCGGACAAGAACCUGUCAAACAUUCGCGCCAAAAAGCUGUCUUUCCGGAGCGUGACGAACUGCGUGAUGCGGAUGAUUCACGCCAUCAAGUUCAAUGCCGAUAUCCCCUUCUCCAACGUGCUGACCCCACACACGGAGGACAGCAGCAAGCCGAACUCCGGCCAUGGCGCCUCCAACAAGUUUACACGAUUCGGCCAUUCUGUGAGGAAGGCACUCAAAAAACGGCACUCAACCACGGCUAAGCCUGUGUUGGACCGGGUGAACAAGUACCUGAACCAGGCGAUCACUGCACGGGUCGUGGAGCGCGAGAAAUCACAGUUCGUCAACUACUUCACUCUCCGUUUCAAACAACCGCAGAAGGAGGAGGCAUACCAGAAAAUGGGAGACUUUGCGUUCAGCAGCAGCAUGAUGUGUUCCACCGUGAUGUUGGUGUGCGCAGGGGCUGUACACGCCGCCAUGUUGCCGCGGACUCUGCUGCUACUUAUGCUGUUCCUGGCCACUUUCUGCUGGCUCGCAGUCGUGCUCAUUCUUAUCCUCAGUAUAAACCUCAAGUGCACGGAGUUUGACCUAAGGAAGUCUUCCGGCCUGCGGCUGUUUGUCAUGGUAACCACCACAGUACUCGCCUACGCCAUGGCUCAAGUCAAUGUGUUUUGUUGCUCUGACGGGGUGUUCCAUGCGCUCACUGUGCGCGUGCUGUCAUCAGACGAUCACCUAGACUGCCAUGUGCCACACUACGUCUUCCUGGCGUGCGUCAUGACGUUCAUCAGUAUCUCCAUCUUCUUGAAGCUUGCUGCUGGAAUCAAACUCCUCCUGAUGUCGAUCAUGGCGGCUGGCUACAUUACUCACAUGGAAGUGACGCACGUGAAAAUAUUUAACGAAUUCGAUUCAAUAUACAACCCUGUGAUUCCAACACACGUGAGUGGGCUGGUGGUGCUGGCUGUCUUUAUGGUGACCGUGUACGUGCAGGGCCGGCAGGCAGAAUGGACAGCCAGGCUAGACUUCCUCUGGAAAACACAGGCGACGGAGGAGAAGAUCGAGAUGACGGAUCUGCAGAACAACAACCGCCAGAUCCUGUGUAACCUGCUGCCCGCACACGUCGCCGCGUACUUCAUAGAAAAUCAGUCUAGAAAGGAAUUAUACAGCAAGCACUACAGCAAGAUCGGCGUGUUUUUUGCAUCGAUUCCCAACUUCUCCGAAUUCUACAUGGAGCUGGAGGCGAACCAGCAGGGCAUAGAGUGUCUCCGCGUGCUCAACGAGAUCAUCGCUGACUUCGAUGAGCUGUUAAACGAGCCUCGCUUCCGGGCGGUGGACAAGAUCAAGACGAUCGGGAGUACGUACAUGGCGGCUGUGGGUCUCAUGCCGGAGUUUCAGAUACAAGCGGAGAGUCCGGACUCGGUGACGCAGCAUCUGUCAGUGCUGGUGGAGUUUAUUAUGUCAAUGCAGGAACGCCUUAGGAUCAUCAACGAAAACUCUUACAAUAACUUCCAGCUCAAAAUAGGUGUGAAUGUUGGGCCGGUUGUUGCGGGGGUGAUCGGAGCCAAGAAGCCGCAGUACGACAUUUGGGGCAAUACCGUGAACGUAGCUAGCCGCAUGGAGAGCACGGGUCUGUCAGGAAACAUCCAGACGACGGAGGAGAUUCGAAACUCGCUAUGCGACUGGUACCAGUUUGAGUGUCGGGGCACGGUGAGGGUGAAAGGCAAAGGGGAGAUGACCACCUACUGGCUAAAAGGACGGAAGGUUGCGCCAGGGCAGCCAAGCCCGCGGCCCUUCACCGGUCCUGAAGUCAGCAAAGCCGCGCCGUCAGCGCCACAGAGUCCCGCCUCUAAGCCAUCAGCGUCCGAUAGCGCGGGCCGCCCUACCAGCGGCUCCCGCGACACGAGCAGCACGGUGAAUGAGAAAAACUGUAAAGAAAGCGGUACUUCAAACCACGCUGCCCUGCAACAAAGUGUGUCAAACUCAAGUCAUGUGUCAAGUGUCAGUCAACACCAAGAUAUUUUUGAUAAACUAUCUCAAAACCGCACAGAUGCUUAUUUGCCAAACAAUGCUCUAACAUUAAAAUCUUCCCCCCGAUCACCAGUUCAGGAACAUGCGCAAAAAAUAGACAUGCAAAUGAGUGUGCCUAAUAUGCCAACGCCCCCAGGAAGCUUAAGUAGGCGAAGAAACAACACGGAUAUGACAAGAGAAUCUCGAAAUCCAUUGAAAAAGAUUGGAAACACCUCAUUUACCAACUGUAUUUCAAGUCGUGGUCCUCCGUCGGAGUGCUCGUCCACGUACGUUAGGGUUGAUUCUCCAGAGUUACCUGCCGUGCAUUUCCGAAAUGUGAAAAUGUGUGACGGUGAUGAAAGAAAUUCGAGAGCAAUACAAAAUGAUCUCUUUGACAGUUUAAAGGUCGGUACAGAAGUAAAACAAACGGAAAAACAUGCAAAAUUAAAAAAGAAACCAACUGCCCAAAGAUCAUCUAGCAAUCCUUUAGACGUAGAUUCUCGAAAUAGUAAAGAGCAAUCCAAUACAGACGCGCCACCACCUUUGCCUGCUAAGACUCGAGACUCAUACGGAGGAUAUUCAACAAUCCAUUACGAUUCAGUAUCAUCGCCAACACGUGCCAACAUAAACAAUAAACAUCAAGUGCCAAGGCCCUAUAGCUCGGAACACGGCCGACCUAUAGUACCAUACCAGGUCAGCAAGCCUAUUGUUCCACGCCUGCAGCAGACGCCGCUUGUUCAAGCAGGGCUUACGAAUCCUAUUUCGGGACAAAUACGCCCUGCCCCUUGCCAGGCACCUAGAAGUAUUAACCCUCCUGGAAGCCUUUGUCUACAAAGUAACAGCCAGGUUGCUCGGAAUGAUCUUGCUAGUAUCAGAGAGAUUCCCGCGGAAGAACGACAAAAAAGGUCGAGUUUGCUUAAAGAACUUCAAAAAACAGUCAAUUCGAACGAACACAACAAAUUAACAAGUAAACACCAACAGCUAACAUCUACCAGUGUGCCAAAUGAAGCGACUUACAGUGUUAUUAACAAACAGAAACCUCCUGGUGAUGAGCCCUGUAAAGAACAGUUUGUGACAGCGGUCUACCGAGAGCCAAUAGCAAGCACUCCGCCGAACAAGAGCCCGUUGCCUUCCCAGUCGUCAACAGCUGCCUCAGCAAACAGAGGUACACCGCGCUCUGCACCGCGUAUCUUGCCAAAUGCAAUAGAGGCCUCGCCGUCCAGGCCUCACAGUGAUCAUAGUAACCUGGCCCGCUUGCCGCCACGACCCACGCCACCCGACGACCGGCGGACGUCCAACGGAUCCCAGCAGAGCAGCAACAGCUCCCAGUCCACCAUCACACCCACUUCCGGCAACCCGCUUGUUGCAAGCAUCGACGGCAAGAUGAUGUCAUUAUUGCCCGCCUCGUCGGAGGACCUUAAACAGGAGGAAGAAAGACUUCUGUCCAUCUUGAAACGCUCUCCGUCUGACUGUACGAAAGAUAAAGAAAAUAACCGCAAGUUUGCACCUAACGUAAAACGGAGUAACUCAAGCCCAAGAGUUAGAAAUAAAAGUUUCCCCGUAAGAUUAAGACAUGAUGCUAUACAAAAUGUCAAUGGAUUUUCUGAUAACGAAUCGGAAACAUCGCAUGCUCAUAGUGAAAACUCCUCGGUCGUUCUUCUGCAGCCAAUAGAACUAAAACUAGCCCGGCCUGCAUACGUACGUCAAAACUUGAUAUCAAACACUGACCAUCAUAAUAUAAAACAUUUCAUUGACCACUCUGAUUACCAUAUACCCCACCUGAGCAAGCACUUGUCCAGGUCCAGUGACACAAUCAACAGUAGUCAGCGCGGUCAGCGCACCCCAAAGUUUCCUCUGAUGUCGGCCGAGUCCACGUCCCUCACCCAGCUGCUAAAGGAGCUGGCUAAUGAACAUCCAUCGCUGGACUUAAGCUUGCCGAGGGAAACGCUCCAUGAUAACUUCGAGUCGGACUUUGACGAUGACUUCGAAUCACCAAAUAUAAAAAGGUUUACUGAAUACGAACCUUUACUAAACGGUGCAAGUGAUUUACUUGACGAUAAAGAGAAAAGUGCUAUUGAUAAACUUAUUCGUUCUCACAAAUUAAACGAUACCUAUGAUGAAAACAGGCCCGGGUGUUCAAGCAAGCCCACUGAAGAUAAAGCUAUUCCUAACCCGUAUCAGGUGAAGCGUAGCACGGUGUAUACAAUGCCUCCGCGAUACUGCCGAAGCCUUGACUACAUCCCGAGCGACAGGGAGGAGCGACCGGGCUCCAACCAGUCGUCCGCCUGCGGAAGUCCGCGCGCCCAACACGCCCCUCGGACCGUACCCGCAUACCUGCUCCCCUUCCUGGCCGGCAGGAACCCGCUGGGCAUGGAGAGCAUCAGUGUGUCGUCCCUCGCCUCAAGUAGCGAGCUAUCUCGGAGUGACCCGGCCCUCAACCAGGCGUACGAGUCCGAGUACGACAACUAUCGGCCCGGGAUGAUGAGUGAUGACGACUUCUUCCACCCGGCCCCGUUCACAGGGCUUGACAGGGACAUGCUGGAGGACGUGGACGUGGACAAUGUCACCGUCAGUGACCACUACAGCCUAGAUAUGCCUCCACUUGCCGCAUUCUCCAAAAAGAAAAUAACAAUUGUUUGAAGUACCGGCAAUAAUAAUGGUUUGAAAAAUAUGCGUUGAAAUGAAUUUGAGAAUCGUUUAUGUGUUUACUUUCUGUAAACUAGCGUAGUCCAUGUUGCAUACAUUACGUCGUUACGGCCUUCAUUUCAUAUGAAUUAUGGCAUUCAUACAUAUAUUUGACAACCUUUUAAUGAGAGUUUGCUUUCAUAUAGUCGGUAAAUAUUUUUAUAUACUCUCCUUAAAAGGAGGCGAUACUGAUGAUCCAAAUGGCAUUAAAAAUCACAGUUGACGUUUUGCAUAAGCACUGAACAGUAAGGUAUCUAAAUAGCAUUGAUUAUUUCUUAACUGCACUCUGAAAACGUUAUAGAAAUACAAAUGUGUAGAGGUUGUUGCUCCCAUUGUGCCGCUACAUAAGAGUUAGAUGCUUUGAUAUUUAGCAAUGAGGGGGUUCAAAUUGCUGACUGGGAGGGAGAGCAGUUUUAGAAGCUAGUGUGUCGUUUGUUGUAACAUCAAAUGCAGUAAUUGUUCACCUAUCCUCAAUCCCACCAUUUGAAUCAACGCACCUGUAUUAAUCUAUAGAUAGUUUGCUUUGAAUGUCGUAUAGUUUGAUAUCAGAAUCGUGUCGAUAAAUAUAUGUAUAAUUAUGCUGGUGCGCAAUCGAACCAUUGGAGCUCAUUACAGUUUGCCUGGCUUCGUUGUUUUGAUUUAUCAUUUUUUUCAGAUUUGUUCUAUUUUUACCAAAAUGUCAGAAUGGCAAUGUUUGUUGUGUUCAUAUUUGUAAAUAAAUAGAAACACAUACAUGAGGAGUUGUAUUGAAGCUGUUAAAGGGACUAUUUUAAAGUUUGUAUUUGGGACUAUUAUUUCCCAUUUUUGUUUUACAUACUUGUAUUAACAAACUCAAAAACAACAACUGAUGAAUACUUAUUGAAACAGCAAUUUGUAAUUGUUAGCCUGAAACCUUCCAAUGACAUUAGGCACUAUCUUUAUGAAUUCGUCUAUUUUUCAACUUUCGUUUUUAAGAAAUUAAGAGCUUAUAAUUAUAUAUAUAUUCAUUUUCUUGUUUAAGUUUCCUUUGUUCAUUCUUAUGGCAAUAUACUGUAGACCACUAACAUUUUUAAACUUGUCAGUAUGUAUUAACAGAAAUAAAUGGUUUGAUGCGACGCAAUCGCAUAACCUGCUGUUA